AUGGCCGACGUCAACGAUGACAAUGCAUCAGAGAUACCUUUACCUGCAUCUGCUGAGGUCAACCAUGACAAUGCAUCAGGGAGACCUUUACUUGUAUCUAUUGUUGACAACGCCAAAAUGACAGCCUCACAAGCACAUAUUAUGGUGGACGAGGAUGCAUCUACUAUUUUCAAUGACAAAAGAACAGGAUAUCUAUUAGAUAAUGGAGGAAAUAAUUUUCUUCACCUACUUGUAGCAGAGAACAAGAGGAUGGACGAGGAUGUUAAAGAAGAAAUUAUUCCGGAGCUAUCAGAAAUUGAUUUUUCGUGGGAGGUACUUUUAAACCAACCGAAUAAUGGCGGCAAUACACCCUUGCAUCUUGCCACCUUUUCCAGAAGUAUAGAUUGUGUACGUGCUCUGACAAAUGCAAGAGUAGAUAAGACAGCCAAGAACAACAUGAACUUGACACCUUAUGACAUUGCUCACUAUCUAUACAAAUCCUCAAAUCAACAAAAGCACAAAUUCCUUGACAAGUGGUGGAAAAUUAAAAAAAGGGUGUGUCCGAAUGAAGAGUUCUCUCUCCAAUCAAGUGAGCCAUCCCUGUGGAUAAAAACUUUGGUACCUAAAUUUGUGCCAAUAGCUAAAGAAGAUGAGGAAGAUGAAGAUGAUGAAAAAUAUCGUAAAAGGGUUUCCAAGACACAUAUGCUAGUGGCAACACUGAUUGCCACUGUAUCUCUUGCUGCGGCUUUCCAAAUUCCAGGAGGUUUUGAGAUUGCUGGAGAAAAGAAAGGCAUGGCAGUUCUGGCAGGAGAAAUAACUUUCAGGGGUUUUGUGGUAACAAAUAUGAUAGCACUUUCAUGUUCUGUGCUCACUCUAGUAAUUCUUGAUACAAAAGUUGUUUUCUAUGGUUGA